AGGUUCAGUUACACAAGUCUUCGAGCAUUUCGCCUCUGCGGUGGGGGUCGGUCUGCAGUCAAAUUGGUCGACUCUUUGCCUCUGAGGAGGUGCAAACCAACCCUUAGUCGCCGAACGAGAAAGGCCGUGGAAAUUCCUUCUUGUUCCCAUCUUGCCGCCGCAUACUUCCCACCGUCCCCCUUUGCUUUCUUCGUCACUCCUCUUCAUGGGCCAGACUCAGAGCGAUGCCGCGGCCGCCGCUGCCGAAGCUGCGAGCAAGACGGAGCAGCCACCGCCGUCGAUCGAACCCCCUCCAUCUCCGGCCGCUUCUUCCAUGGAAGCUCUGGUCGCAGAAGCAAUGGCAACUGGAGACAAUGACAGUGAAGAGUCACUGGAAGAGAAGGCACAAAGAGCAUUGAAAUGUCCAUGUGUUGCUGACUUGAGAAAGGGUCCCUGUGGGGUUCAGUUUUCAGAGGCAUUCGUCUGUUUCAUUAAGAGCACUGCAGAAGAGAAGGGAUCAGACUGUGUGAAUCCUUUUGUCGCCUUGCAGAACUGCAUUAAGGCAAACCCUGAUGCGUUUACCAAGGAUAUUUUGGAUGAAGAGAAGGAACCUGAAGAGGAGAAAGUUCAAGACUACAAGAUUAUACCUCCAUCAUGGUCCAGAGAACCGAGACCAAAGAACUGAGAUGCUAAACCUCCUCACCAUUUUCAAAAUAACACAACCUAAACGAUUGAUUCAUCUUUUCAGGUUUUGAUAGUUCUUGCAGUUGAUGAUACACUUCACUUAUAUAUUUCUAUGCAUUCAAAUUUACUAUCUUUA